AUGCACCCGGACAAUAAUCGCUGGUAUGGAGAACCUGAACCUGUCAAGCGCGCCGAGACCGCUCCUCUGCAUGGAGGGAAGCCGUUGCACUUUCUCAAGCGACAAGAGUCUGCCAAACCCGGCGUCUUGGGCCGUUCCGAUACUUACUCGUCCAAGCCGCCGUUGGUCCGGGUUCCGUCGGUUCGGACAAGGUACAUGGAGAUGCUACUUCACCUUGAUGAGAUACCUCGAUUUCACAACAUCCUGGCUAGUUUAUUUAGCUGGAUAAUACUUGCUGGCUUCCUCGUCGUACCGGGAACGUUCACGACCUUUAAGCAGUCAGAAGCGUUUCAGGACGCCGACAACAACGAUGAUGACGAAAUCACCCAUGCUAUUAUCCGCUCCAUUGCCAACAUCGGACUUCUCUGGGUCGCUGGGGCGUUCUGCACUGUCGGGGCGCUGGGGUGCCUUGCGCUGGUGUUUCGUUGGCGAGAGAACUAUGUCUGGCUGAUCAACAGGGUUUUUCUGCCCCUCACCAUGAACUCUAUUGCCGGUCUAAUAACCACCUUGGUCAAUGUCUACACUGCACAGCAUGGUGUUUGGAGUAUCACGGCGAGGAUCACUGCUGUCGUAAUCGGAUCUUGCAUGGUUGUCGCAGGGUUGCUUUUCGCUUUGUACAAUUUCUGGGCACUACGUCGGGUUCGCCAGAUACACGAGAGCGAGAUGGGAUCGGAAGCCCACCACCACGACGAGACUCUGGUCGAAAAAGUCAAGAGGAAGGCCCAUGAGCCCCCGUUGCAGUCGGGAAGUGUUGUCUGA